AUGCCGGCAGUGGCUGAGCACCUCAGCAAAAGCUUCCAUUUCUAUCACUCCUGUGGAAUGGCUACUCUUCAAAGAGUUUUGUUCAGUUCCGUUAUCAUCGGAAUUGUGGCAUUCUUCUAUGAAGUUCAGGGAGCUCCGACGGAAACUGCCUUGCGCAUUUUGGACAGCAGUCUCUCAGCAAACACCACGGAAGUGAGUGCGGAAGAGCAGAAUCGAGUGAAAAGACAAGGAGGUGGUGGCUGUGGAUGCGGAUGUGGCUGCUGUGGAUGUGGUGGCGGUGGAGGAGGUUGCGGUUGCUGCUGUUGUAGGCCACGAUGUUGCUGCAAGUGCACCACUUGCCGUACUUGUUGCUGUACUCGAUGCUGCACCUGCUGCCGACCAUGUUGCGGAUGUGGUUGCGGCUGCUGCGGAUGCGGUGGUGGAGGCCGUAAACGUCGUUCGCUCGACAACCUCAGAAUUCUGCUUGGUGCCAAGAACUCUGCAGAGCUGAAAGGAAAAGAACUGUCGACAGCUGAACUCCCACGGCAGAAACGGGACAUCAUGUGCCACGACGAGUGUGUCCCUUCGAUUGGCGGUGGUUUUGAUCAUGAUCACGAGUUUACGGGGAUUACU